UUGAACCUCGCUAUGAUUAGAUAGCUACAACAUGGCUAUUUUAAGCUGCAUGCCUACGGCAACGCUAAGCAAGGAGGGUCAAAGUCGUCAGUACAUUCCAUGUAUGUGAACGGCAAGUAAACAAAAAGACCAAGGAUGCUGGUGUUUACAGGGAUAGAUUGUGUUGCAUACGCCGUAUAAUUACGACAAGGGAGCUAAUAGAAACCUUUCAAAUGUCAAAAAUAUUUUGAAGAGAUUUGUGUUAAAAAUGAUAUUUAUUGAUAGCACUCUUUGGUGUUGACAAAAAAAGCAAACCUUAUGAAAAUCGGUUGAGAAAUACGUAAGUUACGACUUAAUUUCAGUGACCAUGCAUUGUCUUUGAGGAGAACAUCGACCUCUCCAACAUGGCCGCCACAUAGAUUAGCUGAGCUGCUACAGUGCUCUGGCGGAUAUUGUCCUCAUAGCUAUGGUCAUGAAAGCUGCGAGAAGGAGGUGUGUCGUCUGCGUUUCCCGUUGCUGAGAUAUUUGUAAGCAAAUGACUCUGUGGUUCUACUGUUUUAAGACCAUGACAGAAAAGUCAUGAACCAGAUCAUCUUUCAACAUGAUAAUGUGCUGUCAGAUGUUCACAUGUUCCUGCCCAAUGCCCGCCACUUCAUGACACGUCUCAACAAUGUUGGACAGCCUGUUUUCAUCUCCAAAUUCAAGAUUUUGUCCGAAGCUGGAAAGGAGGAGAGGAAUGAUAAGGCCACAAGGGAAAACGGUGACAACGAAACACACAUUCCGCAAGAAAACAAUGAAGAGGAAGGUAGUGAAAGAAAUGUAGAACCAGCCUUGGAUGAGGAUGGAGAUCUCAACGUCACACAUCGACCUAGGAGUAAUCCUGCAGGAGAUGGCAGCAGGGAAGUGGUCUGCCCUCUCAUUCUCAAACAAUCAUAUAACUCCGCACUACAAAACGAGGAAAAUACAGAUGAUGAGGCAGAUGAGUGCUUGAUUGACACUGUACAGAUAGAGCAUACUAUGGCAACACCCCUGGAGGAUGUUGGCAAACAGGUUUGGAGAGGAGCAUUACUCUUGGCCGACUUCAUCCUGUCUCAGCCACUCAUGUUCAAAGGGGCAACAGUUGUGGAGUUAGGAGCUGGUGCCGGUUUAAGCAGCAUAAUCAUGGCUACUUUAGCCAAACGUGUUUACUGCACAGAUGUGGGAGAGGACCUUUUAAGCAUGUGUCAGACAAAUGUAACUUUAAAUAGACACAUGAUUGAGCUUGCAGGUGGUGAAGUGAGAGUGAGAGAGUUGGAUUGGCUCCGAUCUGACCUUUGCAGAGAUACUGAUGUGGAACUUAGCUGGACAGAGGAGGAAGUAGCUGAUAUACAUGACAAUGCUAGCUUCAUCAUUGCUGCUGAUGUUUGCUAUGAUGAUGAGCUGACAGAUGCCUUCUUUCGAACACUGUACCGACUUUGCAAUAACUUUGCUCAUGUCUGCACCAUCUUUAUUUCCAUUGAAAAAAGAUUCAACUUCACCCUGCGACAAAUGGAUGUUUCCUGCGAUGCCUACAACCAUUUCAAGCACUGCCUGUCCCAGCUCGAGGACCUGGUGGAUGGAAAAUGCAGCUACACAGUAGAACAAGUCCCUUGUACCUUCCCACAGUUUCUUCAGUAUGAACGCAUAGAUCAACUGGAGCUUUGGAAAGUGACUUCCAAUAGAGUCCCAUUUGACCAAGCCCAGUCCAAUUUUCAGCACUGUGCAUCUUGACCAGCACUCUCACCGCCGUACCGGACAGCUAUCUCUCUCCCAAGAACCUGAAAUCUUGAAAUUUCAGUUUUCUGUUGGUGUGUAUCCCUGGGAAGUUAUUAAAAUUAUAAUAAUACAGGGAGGUCCUCCGCCUACGACGUUAUAUAGUUCUGAACCAGUUUGUGCACCUUCCAGUGUGCAAGUCAACCACAGCAGUAAAGGAAAGGAAUUAGUAUCUUUAUUUUCAAUUGUUUUUUAUUUGAUUAUUUUAUAUUUAUGGGUUAGAAGUGUUUUUUUCCAUACAAACAACUACUGUAAUUAUGACUUUACUACUCUGAGUUAGCAUAGUACUGUUCCAAUUUAAGUGCCGAUUGUGUCGUCGUAAUGGAGCUCUGUCGUAAUUUGUGGCGUCCCUGUGAAUUGAAAUAAAAAAAUGGUCAAACCCAUUCAUCCCCACUAAUAUCAAAUGAUAUCUUGAAUAUACAGUUGAUAUAAAAGGUCUACACACUCCUGAUCAAAUUGCUAGGUUUUUGUGAUAAAGAAAUGAGACCAAGAUAAAUAAUUUCAAAACGUGUGUGUGUGUGUUUAUGUGUGUGUGUGUUCAAAAUUAACCUAACACAUUCAAACUCGUGUUAAAUGGGUAUCUGCACACACCUUCCACUAUUUAAAAUGCCUCUGAUCAGCGCUGAAUAACAUUCAGCUAACCUAGUAGUGUUUUCCUGACAUUUUUGUCGUCACAUCUCACAUUGCAAGCCAUGCAUGGCGCGUAGAGAUUUUGCAAAGCAUCAGCGGGAUCUUAUUGUUCAAAGGUAUCCGUCAGGAGAAGGGUACAAAAGAAUUUCCGAGGCAUUAAAUGUACGAUGGAAGUGAAGACAGUCAUCAUCAUCAAGAGGAAAAAGUAAGCACAACAUAACCGAAAACAUUUGAACAUUUUGGGGUGUUCAUAAAAUCAAUCAAAGACAUUUUGGCAGUUGUGUGAAUACUCCCAUUUAACAUGAGUUUGAAUGGAAUUGGUUAAUUCAAAACAGCCACAUCCUUGGGUAUAAGAGAGUGUGCACACUUGUAUAAAGGUAUCUCAAUUAUUUACAGUAUUUUUACUUCCCUUGUAUAUAUAUAUUUUGGAAAUGAUUUAUCUUGGUGUUUUUUCUUUCGAUCAUAAAAACCUGAUAUUUGAAUAGGGAUAUGUAGAUUUUUUUAUAACCACUCUACACUAUAAGUAAGUACAUUCAAACAGUUUUAUCAUGGAACUAAUCUGAUUUCACUUGUUCAAGCACAAACGUAUUUACAAGUAUAGAUGUAAUAUUAUCAUUAACACUAUGUGGGCUUUUCCUAAACUGUUAAAAUGGAUCGUUUCUGCUGGGGUAUUUAUU